ACCCAAAUCGCCAACCUCUACGUUACUUUCACACCGUUUUUGUUUUUUCGUCAACCCAAACCACCAUUUCUUGCCUUUCCCUUUGAUAAUUAUAUUUUUCUUAUUUUUAUUUUCUGAAAAAGUGAUCGAUUGAAUCCCUGAGAAGAGUCAUAAACAAGAAAGGCCCAAACGACCAUGAUUGAUCUGAAAGGCAGCACUUAUUUCCAUCUGGCGUAGCGAUUCUUGUUACGUUAAAUUCAAUUCCGCGGCGGGAUGUCGAAUCUGUACGGCGAUUACAACCAGAAGAUCGAUUACGUGUUCAAAGUGGUGUUGAUCGGCGACUCCGCCGUCGGCAAGACCCAGCUCCUCGCCCGCUUUGCCAGGAACCAAUUCAGCGUCGAUUCCAAAGCCACAAUCGGUGUUGAGUUUCAGACCAAAACUCUCAUCAUUGAUAACAAAACCGUCAAGGCUCAAAUAUGGGACACUGCUGGCCAAGAAAGGUACAGGGCAGUAACUAGUGCAUAUUAUCGCGGUGCUGUGGGAGCAAUGUUAGUUUAUGACAUGACUAAGCGUCAAUCAUUUGAUCACAUGGCAAGAUGGUUAGAGGAAUUGAGAGGUCAUGCUGACAAAAACAUUGUAAUAAUGCUAAUUGGCAACAAGUGUGAUCUGGGAACUCUUAGAGCAGUGCCAACUGAAGAUGCACAGGAGUUUGCACAAAGAGAGAACCUAUUCUUCAUGGAGACCUCGGCACUUGAGUCCACUAAUGUGGAAACUGCAUUUCUGACUAUUCUAACUGAGAUAUACCGAAUUAUCAGCAAGAAAACACUUAUUGCCAAUGAUGAUGGAGAUCCUAGUGGUAGUUCAGGGCUUCUGAAAGGAACCAAGAUAAUUGUUCCUACCGAAGACAUGAGUCAAAAGAAGGGUGGCUGCUGUGGAUAAUCCUUACCUUUUGCUUGUUUCCUUUCUUCUUGGGAAAGCAUAUUGGCUCACUCUGACUCCUCUUACAUGUAGGCGUUUGUAGAGAGCGUUAGUUACAUCCCAUAAGCAAACUGUAGGAUAUAUUUAUUUACCACUGUGGUUGUUGGUUGCAAACAUACGGGUUUUCUUCUCUUUUUUGGGCCCUUUCCAGCUUUAGGACCUAAAUUUGUUAAUACAAAUUCCCGGUUGUGAAGGGCUGGUUCAGAGAGAGGAAUGGAAACUGUAUAACUUACUCGGAUGCUUUUACUUUUGACAAGUAGUUGAA